AUGUCAGUUGUAGUCACUCAUAUUCCACGUUUUCACUCCCGUGAUGGGUAUACUGGUCCUAAAUAUCCUCCCGAGGGCACCUGUUCAGCGGUUCUUUUGGAGAGAAAGUUUGUUGCUUCCCAUGGACCGCCGCCACGCAUUGAUGCUGCUCGCCUAGCUCGAACAAUAACCGUUCAGAGGGGAUCUCAACGAGACGUUAACAUCUGUGUCUUUCGUGACCGUCUUCUGCUUAAAGUCACAGGCAGGGGCCCAGAUUUGCCUGAAAUAUUCUUCGAUGAUAUAGUACAAAUUGAACUGCUCUCAAGCAAACGUAAUAUUCUCUUCAUCCUCUGCGGACGACGUGGAGUUGGAUGCUACUACUUCUUCAAGAUUACUGACUACGGUAUGGCGGAGAGGAUCAAGGAGCUGGCUGAUCAUGUUAAUCCCAACCUUAUGCAUGGUCAGCAGGACUAUGGGGCCCCGAUGCAUAACUUCCAUCAUUACAGAAUGCAAGAGAGACAACCCUUGAACGUCUACGCCUAUGACAAUCAACGGAUAGAUCGUGACUACAGCGCACCUCCCUCUGUCUCUAGCAAAGGCAGUAAUACGGCUUCCGUCGUCUCUUUACAGCGCCAAAACUCUUUCAUUGGCUGGGAAGGGUAUAGGGGGAAUCAAGACGCUCGCCGUGGUCGUUUUUUUCAGAGUAAACAGUCGUCGAUUAACCCCUACCGAAGUUCCUCACGAUCUAGAUCACCUAGUCCACGAGAGAGCAAUAAGACACUAUACAUUAAAGCUCAGGGAGGCGCAAGUCGAAGAAAGGCGGGUUCGAUUAGACGGAAGCGUCAACCCUUACUGGGUACGGAGGAUAAUCGACCUCACUCAAAGCCUGUUAGUCGACCAGGCAAUCGCAACGAUAAACGCAAACAUGGUCCACGAUCUGCGAUUGCUCCACGAAAAUAUAAGCCUUCUGAACGUCCUAAACCACGAACAUUCAUUCUAGACAGUAGAACUGGACGGAGUUACAGAGCAGCUACCACCGCGAGACGAGGCUAUGAUACUGAGACUAAGUCUGACUCGUCAGAAUCUACAUACGACCUUGCCGACAAAGUGCAGAUUGGCCGACACCCUUAUCCGCAUGAGCCUCGGCUCAGAAAUGUGGAUUACCAAGUUAAAGAAAUAGAUGAUUACGACUGGGAGAGUUUGGAUAGUUGGGAUCUUGAGGAGGGUAAGGCGUUUCGACCGUUUGAGGGUGAAACUUUCAAUGCACCCCGUACUCAAGGCAGGCAUCCUAGAAAUGAGGACUUCACUAAUGGUGAGGAGUCAAAUUCCUCUGUCGACUCACUCUACCUGGAGCGUGAUAUGGAGCAAGGGACAAAUUUUUACCAACAUAAUGUCAACUAUCUACCCGAGUUGGAGAAGAAAUUCCAUCAGUUCAAUCUCAAGUAG